AUGACUUCCUUGCAAACUCGGAUAAAAUAUCUCAAGAGCCUUCCAGCUAUUAGAGAACGCUCGCAAAAGGUUUUUGAAACAGCCAGAGCAGACCAACUUCACCAUUUCGAGGUGAACUUCUCACAACUCGACAAUGCAGUUGACCUUGUAAUCUCUUUAAUUAGACGUGAUUAUGCUGACCUGAACUCCAUUCCUCCUCACAGUCGCUGGCGUCAUUUUGAGGUUGAUGGACAUUCGCGUGUACAACGACUAAUUGAUAAUUGGGAAAGCAGUGGUAAAUUGGAAACUGCACGACGCAUUUUAGACUUAUUUGUAGUUUCGGUGUUAUUAGACGCAGGGGCGGGAAAUGCAUGGUCGUAUCAUGAAAAGGAAACUGGACAAAUAUAUAAAAGAUCUGAGGGUCUUGCUAUCGCCUCGUUAUAUAUGUUUAAGAAUGGAUCUUUCUCAAGUGAUAAUUCUCAACCGCAUCGUGUCGAUGCACAAAGACUAAAAGGUAUAACUGUUGAUGAGGUUGCCAAAGCAUUUCAAGUGAACGAGACUACGAAUCCUUUGGAUGGUCUUGAGGGACGUGCUAAUUUAUUGAGCCGAUUAGGAAAAUCUUUAGAUAAUCACCCUGAAUUCUUUAAACUUGAUGACAACUCGCCACCAAGACCCGGUAAUCUAGUGGACUAUUUAUUAGCACAUCCCACUACGAAAUCCAAUUCUAUC